AGCUGGUGAUCAGAACUAUACAUUUUCCAGAUAGGUCUCCGUGUAGUUUUAGAAUGUAAUGCAAUUAUGUAGCUAGUACUGCAGAGUUGAAGUGUUGCGCGCUUGUUGAAGAAACUUCUGCCGUCGAUGUCACCUAACUCUUCCUAACUUAGGAUUUAUCUUUGGACUUGGAACGAGUUUACAAGUUCCGUAUCCAUAGAAAGUUCUGCGGUCGAUUUCACCUAACUCUUCCUAACUUAGAUAGGAUUUAUCCCAGCGUUUCGUGAAAUUGGCUGCUUGUUCUGAUUCUGGUAUACACUUCAUAAUCUUCACAUAUCGGGAUGUACAUAUGCGGAAACUGUCACUGAUGUCCGAGUUUGUGCUGUCCAGGCCUCUAUACUUUGGGGUCAGACGUUUGUGAAAACUGAACAAGUUGGCAGAGAUUCUUAUAUGAGAAAUACCGUCACGUGUACUUUUCAGUUACGGUACAUGAAGAGAACAGCAUUCUCUACGAAAUGGAACAACAACAUGGUGCUCACUCUAUGGGCGAUUCAGCACGUGGUACAGACUAGUGUUUGAAUAAUUCCCUGUGCAGAUUGAACUAUAUCUAUCUCAACGUUUCAAGAUGGCGAAAGUCUCGAAUUUACCGGUUGUAUUUUGGGUGAUGCUCGCAUGGAUCGUGGUGACGCCAAGACUCCAGUUUUUCCCUGGAGUUUUAGUGAAGGCGUCGUUGACCAAACCAGACAGGGUAUCACUGCGGGAUAACGGCUACAGUGGAGUGGUUGUUGCUAUACAUGAAGAUGUACCUGAGAAUGAGGAAUUGGUGACAGAAAUAAAGACAAUCUUCACUGUAGCCUCUGCAUACAUCUACAACGCUACCAGACGUCGAGCGUUCUUUCGAAAUAUAACAAUCAUCGUCCCUGAAACGUGGACACGACGUUCCCAUUACAGGGUACCUGACUUUUAUGAACAUGACGUCAUCAUUGCGUCACCCAAUCGUCACUGGGCACCAGAUCCCUACACCAGUCAGUACCAGGGGUGCGGGGAGCAAGGGGUUGGUACCCGGAUUGGGGUGGAGUUUGUUAUGGACCCUCAAGUCGAGGAAUUUUAUGGGCCAUUGGGUCGACUGCUUGUUCAUGAGUGGGGACACUAUCGCUGGGGUCUCUUUGAUGAACAUCCCAGUGUGAACACUGAACCAAACACCAACCAAGAGGAGUUUUAUUUCUCAAGUAUAACAAACACAUUUCAUGGAAUCAGUUGCUCGUCUAGUUUUUCGUCGAAGGCUCUCAAGUUUGACCCCGACACCGGCAAAUACUGGGCAUGCGCAGGAAACGAUACGGUCGGCUACGAGGAAGGGUGUGCGCAUGUCACAGUGGAUAACAGCGCGAUGACCAAUUCUACGGGGUCAAUUAUGUAUUCACGCCAAUUUUAUGAUAAGAUUGUUAACUUUUGUGACGCAAACGACUCUUAUUCUGAAAAUCUACACGACAGGGAAUCUCCAUCUACGCACAACCGACUGUGUGCAAGUCUAAGUUGCUGGCAAAUCAUGCAACACCACCGGGACUUUAAAGAUGGGUUGAAUCCACCCCGUGACGUAGAAACGGCUGAGCUGGUGCCCGAUUUCCAUAUAACCCAGGGACGUGCGAGACGGCUGGUACUCCUCAUUGACACGUCACGCUCUAUGAGGUAUGACAAUCGCUUCGAAAGACUGCUCAGCGCAGCCGCACAUUUCAUCCAAUCAGUAGCCGAGAAUGGCAGUCACGUGGGGAUCGUCCACUUUAACCAGGCUGCGCAUGUCUGCAGCUGGCUCGUUCAGAUACAAUCCCAAGAGGACAGAGACAUCUUGUUAUCAUCUCUACCGGAAGUUUCCGACAUAUCAGGCUCUCAUUACGGACUAGGGCUUCUGUCUUCACUACAGGUUUUGUCAUUAAAUGAGAGCGACUCACCGGCAGGCGGAGUGAUAUUAAUGUUCGCGGAUGGAUCUGAUGCGGGUUCGGUUGUUACCCAGCAAGCCCUCCAACUCAUCGUUAGCAACAGCGUGAGAGUUGACACCGUAGCGUGUACGCCAAACCCCAAAACCUUUCCUGCUAUUGCAACAAAAACAGGUGGGCGAUCCUAUAACAUUCAGGCGAGAGAGAUGAGUUUACUCCCAGUCUUGUACCACGCCUUCGCAGAUGCAAUGAUCAGAGGGCAGGCAGACAGUGACAGGCACAGACGAACCAUGGUGUCCAGUUUUACGAAGACGCUAAAUGCAAACAUGGAAUGGUCUUCUAGUUUUAUCUUAGACGAGUCGAUCGGGAGGAAAACGGAGAUUGUACUGACAUGGAUAGACCGAAAUACUAUAGAUAUUGAAGUGAAUUUGACAUCACCGAGCGGCGAGACCAUCAGCAACAGCACAUACCCUGGUUAUCAAUUCAUGACAGAGUUUAAGUUAGUCAUUAUUAGUGUGCAGAACACCGCUGAAGUUGGUGAAUGGGAGCUGCGCAUGCGUAAUCUAGCACCUGCCAGGGUGUCUAUCACGUGUUUAGUGACGUCAUACGCAAGAUCUGAUGACGUAGAACCGGUCAUCGUCACACCAAUGUUGAGUAGCUACGAGAUCGACGCGAGUUCGGGAGAGCAACUUCGCAUAUACACCGCGAUCCGACAGGGCUUACGUCCAGUCAUUGGGGCUAGGGUCAUGGCUUCCAUAUACCGGCCAGGGGGGUAUCCACAGAUUGACCUUCCGUUGUUUGAUAACGGGGCAGGGGCAGACACAAUACAGAACGAUGGUGUGUAUUCUAGGUACUACGUCAAUCAGGCCGAUGCUCAAGGAUUCAACACUAUACAGAUUACAGUAAUGAGUAAUGAAAAUACAACUGUGUUGAAUAGAACAUCGCAACCCAGAGCGGUACCGAACCUCCCACCCAGCAAAUAUGCGGAAUACCCCCAGAUAGGUGGCUUCCCUAUCUUUCCCCCGAACUCACAGCAGGGAUAUCCUGUGGGAAAUAAAGUGACCAACCUAAGGCGUCUUGCAUCAGGAUUCACAAGUUACUAUGACAACUUCCCUUCUUCACCGAGUAACGUUACGCCGCCGUGUCGUGUCCACGAUCUUCACGUGAAUGACGUCACGAAGUUAGAAGACGAAGGAACUAUUGUCUUAUCGUGGACUGCACCUGGGAACGACGCUGAUAUGGGAAGUGCUUAUUUGUACGACAUCCGGUUUGCCCAGAAUGUCUCGACACUAGUCGACAAUUUCGAGGAUGCACCAUCCAUAACAGAUCUUGAAAUCAUCCAAGGAAAUCUAACUACUCCACAGCCUGCAAUGAGCAAAGAGGUAUUCAUCAUACGUGUUCCGCUGAACCAACUAAAAAUGACGUCAUGCAUGACCUUUGCCCUUAGGGCUGCUGAUGGCGGGAAUAGAUUCGGAGUCAUUUCGAAUGUGGCCCGUGCGACUUUUCGUACGUUCAUACCGCCGUCUGCACCGCCGGAACCGAGCAUGUCAAUCUCAGUCACGCCAACACAAACUGAGCCUAAAACAGCACCGACGACAGGUGGCGCUAUUACCCCCAGUUGUCCAACCAGUACAGGGUCAUCAACUCAACCGGGAAUAAAUCUGGGUAAACCAACAGUCGACACAUGCCAUAUUCCAAAAGGUGAAGAACGGAGUGUUCUUGAGUGGUACGAAAUUCUACUCAUAGCUGUUUGUGGAUCGGGUGUUUUUGUCAGCGUAGGAUGCUUCUGUAGGAAAAUAUAUGGAAAAAAUCCCUCGGCGAGAGACGUUCACCGCAGAUGGGGGGACAUUCCGAAGUUGAGAGGAAAAACUUCAGCCAGGCUCAAGCCUUCCGCUCACGUAGUAAUAGCUGACAUUGAAGACUCGUUUUGAUAUUAAGGCAUUUCGUUCAAUUACGUAUCAAUUGCAUAAUCAAUAACAAACCACAUAAUGUACAGUUUGUUUUACUACCGUAUAUGCAUUGUAAAUUUGCAAGAUUUGUAAACGUUGAAAGAUUCUGUGUUUUGGUGCAAAGAAACGAAAGAGGUAUGCUUACCCUCCCCCGGACGGUUAAAACCCAUGCACACCUCUUCAAUGUAGCUGUUUCUCGUACUACACAUAAUACUGGACCUAUAUAUUUUUAUUUUUUUUAAUAUACAGGUUUUUUUUACAUCGGGAUGCGCUUGUAAUUAUGAGGCAAUUAGGUCUGUUGGGGUGGUCCAAUGGUAAAUCCCACUCUAAAGACCAUGUUACUAUCUUGAUAAUAAAUAAAAAAGGUUUUGUGGCUUCAGACCGUAUCUAUAAAUAAAUUUCAAGGUU